UGAAAAUUUGACAGCUGUGUGUGUCGCCUACUCAUAGCGACUGCAAGUAAAUAAAAACGAAAAGGCGUUAACAUUAGUUGUUAUCUAAUUUAAGAUGGCUAAAAGGCAGCAGUAGCACAUAACGCGUUAUCGUCAGAUAACUACCACCACCAAGCUAACGUUAAACCAGAACCUUACCAUAUGACAUCCCCAAUUCUUCCUUUUGUUGCUGAACAGUUGCUGAAGGAUAUUGAAAAAAGUUACAAGGAUGGAGCUCAGCUUCCUGAUGACCUGCUUAUUGCGUUGCGGUAUGUAUUCGGGUCUUGUGCCCUUCAGGCCUUGGACCUUGUGGACCAGCGCUCGGUGACCUGUGUGUCCUCUCCUAGUGGCAGAAGAGUGUUUCGGGUCAUGGGGGGCUCAGGUAAGCUGUACACCUGCUUCACCUCCUGUCACUAUUGCCCGUGUCCGGCCUUCUCCAUGCUGGUGCUGAAGCGGAGCACCAGUCUGCUGUGCAAGCACAUUCUGGCUGCCUACCUGUGCCAGGCUAUGGGGCUGUGCCAACAUGAGCAAGUGUCCGACCAGGACAUGUCACGGGUCCUGGCAGGUCAAGCGGACGCUGACUCAUAGAUGACGGACUCCAGCGCUGGAGCGCCACACAGACGCAAGACGAAUACGGAUACUACAGACAGCCUGAGUCUACAGUACGACGUCCAUACAGGUCAGACAUAGCGGAAACACUCGCCAGUUCAGCCGAGUAAGGGGAAGAUGCUGUGUGAUCAGCAACAAGCAUGAGUUAGCCUUUAGCAUCUAGCAUCUGAGUAGUGGACUAUCUAGUGUUGGAAGUUAAAGUAAAAAGGGAUAUGUUCAUUUUGGCGAAGUCCCUGUGGUCAGUUCUCAUAGGAUAUAUGAAACUGCAUGUGUUGAUUUUCAUUUUCUGUGAGUUGCUUUACAGAUUUUGCACAAACAUGAGCUCAGUUUCAAAUUUCACUUUGAAGCCUCUUGUGACCAGAUGUUAAACAUGAUUUGCAUUCUCUGUGUGCUUGAGCCAAAAAAUAGCCAUUUAAUCCCUUGCCAAGGAAUGUAUGUAAUGUAUUGUUUCAGUCAGCUUAUCUUGUAUGCAUUUGUAGUUUCCCUUUAUUUGGAAAUAAGACAUCUAGUCCAUUGUUGCAUAAUAGGGAUCACUAAAAUUUGCUUGUCGUUCAGGUCUUACAUUUUACAAUAAACGUUUUUGACAUUU